AAUGCAUGGUAUUCAGUUUUCACGCUUUGAUAUGAUUCUAUUGUGCUGUAUGAACUUUGCACAUUUGCUAUCAGAUUAAUAAAUUAUAAAUGGCAGUGUUGGAAAGGAUACAUUGAUACGGUUUUUGUGAGUGUCAAGUAACACUCAUGACGGACAAACCGGUGAAGUGCAACAUAACAAAAGAUCUGUGAACUUUGGGACUUGAGGUCUUUCUGUUCUGGAUAAAUCAUGUCAAUAAUUUCCUCAAUCCAGUUGAAUAAGUGGAGAGGUGUAUUUCAUUACUUGGAGGGGUUGAGAUAGAAACCCUUUUCAUUUCCAAACAAAAUAAUUAUGAGCAAUGACAUCUCUGGUAUUGUUUAAGAAAGUGCCCCAAAGAACAUGCCGGAGCAGGAAUCUUCAUUUCAUAGAUAAAAUAAAACAGAGAAUUUGCUCCCUCACCCCUUCAAAAAAAAAACAAAAAAAAAAAAAAAAUAAAAAAACACACAGAGUUUGACAUUUCAAUAAUGUAGGAAUCAAAAUGGAGAAAACUAGUUGCUGCAUUCAAUUACGACCUCCAGUCUGUUUAUACACAGAGGGAAGAGUGUUCUUUGAGCCUGUAAACCAGACUACACUUCAAAAGUUGAGUGUAAAUAUUUGUAUGUUUGUACAGACGGGCCCCAGGCGGGGCUCACCUGACAGUCAGGGAGUACACUGUACAAGUAGUCAGCUACCAUUGUGAUAUAUAAACAGAAUUAAGUGGGUGGGAACCAUGACAACUGGUGUACAAUGAACCAGUGGCUUGUUGUGGUCUGGUUCCUAAGAUACCGAGUGGACAGAACAAUUCAAGGCUAAAUAAAACCCCAAAGUUGGGAGGGUUGUGACUAAUCAACUCCAAUCCAGCCAAUACUGCAAUGAUUUGUUAUCAGAAUGGUGCAAAAUACUGCAUCUACAUAACAUUUUUGCCAAAACGUGUCACAGAAUUUGGUUGAAGUCAAUCUGACCUGCAAUUAUAUUCCUCAAAUACACUUUAAUCUGGCAGGCACAUACAUGUUCCUGAAAAACCUUGACAUUUACUGUGAAAUUUACUCACAGAAAACUACAAGGAUUUGCAGUGAACCAGAAUGCUCUCUUUUCAGAGUGGCACACAAUAGAGUACCGAAGUGUGACGGCACUGUGAACCAGAAAGUGCAGUGCAAACGAAUGGAGUACGCGCACGUGUUGGUUCAUGCGCUCAUGCCUUUUACACACUAAAUGUGCGCGUGACGUAUUCACCUCGGUACUCUAUAGGACUUCAGAUCAAAUACAAGACAAUAUUCAACUGAUUAUCUGGGAUUCCAAAAAGGCUGUGAAGUAGCUGAGUAGAUGUGGAUCAUAUCCCGUCCCAACCUCAAGUCGUUUGUUUGCUGACAGACUUUUCCUGGAUGUUCAUGAACUGGAAGGUACCUACACGUUUAAUAGUGGACGAUCCUUCCUACCAGCAGCAGCAGGAGAGGCUACUGUUGGACAGCAAGCAGCGCUUCUAUGAAGACAUCAAUGGUGAACGGAAAUACACAAGCACCAGCGGCAAUGAUGUCCUGAAGGAAGUGGGCAAGCUGCGUGGGAUGAGCCCGUCCCUCCUGCCGUCUCGUCGGAUGGCACGCACCUCCACCACCCACCACGUGCCUCCCUACGGCAUGCUCAAACACUCCCGGGAGAAGGACAUGGAGGAAGAGUUGAAGCAAGCGUCAGCUGCCGGCAACAAGGCUCCCACACCUGGAGGCGAGUACCUGGAAGAUGUGAAAGUUCCCAAGUUACCUGCUGUGCCCCGAUCGCCGAUGAAACAAGCAGGGAACUCAGACUUCAAUACCCAGCUGUCACGUAAUCUCAAGCCCAGGGCCCUGCCUGCAGCCCAGAACUGGUUGAAAACGGCUGGGAUAAGUGACACUAAGAUCAUCAGCAAUGCCAUGACAGCGGCUGACCUGGACAGGACACUUGGCCACACCCUCCAGCCUGACGCCAAGAAGGCUGUGGAGAACUGGCUUCAAACUGCCAAUGAGAGAGAUCGAGAGGUGGCCAUUGAGUUUUUCGGUUCACUGGCCGGUAGCAAGCUGAUGGGCGCUAAGAAAGUGAUCUCUGACCACCAGAUCCAUGCCGAUGACAAAGGCCAGGGGACCUGCAAGAUCUGUGAUGGGACGAGACUACAACAGGUCAUGGAUGCCCUCAAGAAAGGGAAACCUGUGGCCUCGGUCACCUUAAAGAAGGACAGCAAGCGGCCAGGUCAGGUAGACCGGCGCCUGCAGCUGCUCACCCCAUACACCCGCAGCCACAAGGAUGAGUACCAGACCUGGCAUCACCUGCCUGUCUUCAAGCACACAGGGCCUGUCUCUAACACCAUUGCCUUGUUCACCCGCCCCCAUCGACCCAUCCCUAGACACUUCACCAUCCACCCCGAGUGGGAAUAGGAAUAGAUCUCCAUAUAAUGUUUAGUUUUAAACAGUUUUCAUAACCACUUAAUAAAAAAAUAAAUGUUUUACUGCCCGGGGGUAACCUCAUCUUUCUAACUGCAUGAAUUACAAGAUAUUUUGGGGAAUAAAGAAAAUUAAAUCAUUUCAUUUGCCAUCAAAUGCAAGUAUGCUAGCUAAUAAUAUAGAAUGCUUACAGAAAAUCAUUUACUCAGUACUCAAAAUUAUAUUUGUGACGGAAACACUGCACUAGGGAAAUAAUCUGGACGUACUUUUCAACUUUUUACUAACCUUGUUGUAAGAAGAAGACCAGAUCGUUUUGGCAGAGGAUACUUUUUAAAGGAAACAUUACUUUUGUCUAUUUUUUAGUCUUGUAGAUAGCUGCUGGCAUGCUUGUGGUACACAUGCUUGUGGGUUUUUGCUAUUGCAAGUUCUACAAUGAUUUUAUUUAAUUUUCAGCUCUUAUAUCUCUCUUGCAAAACUUUUUUCCAGUUAAUAAAAGAAAUAGUGAGAUGAUUUGUCCCUAAACAUGAACUGGCUUAUCUCAACAUCAUCAUUCAUCACUCCUGUCACGUUUUAGGCCUCUGAAGUGGUUCUGCUUGGGGCAGUUCAUUUAGAAUUGCCAUUUUUUCUGGCUUGUUUUUGAGUUUGUAAAAAAAGCUUCUGCACAAUAAAUACUUAACCCACUACGCCGUU